CGAUGCGUGUCGUCUUCGGGUGACAGUGUCAUAUUGAAAGAAUUAUCUUGCAAUUCUUGCACUCCGCGCAACCUAGUACGAAACAAUGGGAAAGCAUGAGGGACUGGCUCGAACACCCUUACGAGGCGCUGGCUCCUCCUUUGUUCAUUCAAGGUUCCUUUGCGGACCUCGACCUUACCCUCAUUCCACACGGUUUAGUUGGUUUGAGAGUGGCGAAGAAUUGGAUUCGCGAAUCUUUCUAUAGAUUGAACCCAUCCAAGAGCCCCCAAUUUCUGACGACCUUGAUGAGAAUCACCAGUUUGAGUUUCGCUUUCGACCGGAAUGAUGCUCCCACCUACAUUGUUCAGGCAAAGUGUGUCACCAAAAAUACAUUUACCGAGCUCCUCCGACAGCCAGAUAAUCGCUACCUGGUGCUGGACAUGUUCAAUUCUUACCGAGGAGCUACUCCCAGCAGUAUAUCAUCGGGAAUUCUGUUUCUACUACAUGUCCUGGACAACGGUUUACGUGUCAAUCUAUCCGUUCUAUGCGACUGCAUUGAGGAUAUCCUUGCCUCUUUCGUUAUAAAUCACAGAAUGGAUCCCAUCCUGGACAAACUUCCACUGCACGGUGCUGUUCUUCCAUUCGACUGGUUGAUCUUGCCCCCAUAAGUUUUCUGUGAAAAAAGACGUCGAACCGGGUCAAUAAGCUUGCUCUUGGGUGCGAUAGGGAAUCUAAUACGGAGAUUGCGCGUGGGUAGUACUAUGGGUUCUUUGUGGCUUGCCCAUAUUACCAGUAUCACACCGUUACUUCGCAAUAUUUUC